AUGAUUUUCAAAGUUAUCAUCGCAUCAAUCGUUUUGUGCAGUGUGUCUGCUCAAAGAGGACCUGGAGGUCCUGGUGGACCUGGAGGGCCAGGUGGGCCAAGUGGGCCAGGAGGACCAGGAGGUCCAGGAGGGCCAGGAGGACCAGGCGGACGUGGGGGACCAGGAGGGCCACCUCCACCUCCACCAUUCUUGGCUAAUGUGAGCGAUGAUGCUAGAAAAGCGUUCUUUGACAUCGUCAGCAAUGAGACCUUGACACUUUCGGAAAUCGAUUCUCAAACCGCUGCAUGGGCUGCAACAAACGGAGUUUCGGUAAGAUUUUGAAUCAUAUUUUUCAAGAAAAAUAUAAACUAUAUUUAGGAUAUCUACAAUGAAUUCGAAGCCAAUCAAACUGCUCAUCGCGCUGAAGUCAAGCAAAACGUGACAUCAGUCAUUUCAAACCUCUCAUCAGUUCAAUCUCAAGUCGAAGCCAUUCUUGAGAAUAAAGAUCAAACCCGUGCUGCUCAACGUGAACAACUCGAUGCUUUGAGAGAGAAAUAUCCAAAAGAAGUUGGAGUUCUUUUCCAAAUUGCUGGACCACCAGGAGGAGGACCAAGAGGCCCAGGUGGACCAGGAGGACCAGGAGGACCAGGUCGCGGAGGACGUGGUGGACGUGGUGGACGAGGAGGCCGACAAUAA